AUGGCCUCUUUAAGCUGCGGUUAUAAGUGUUUGCAGAUUCUUUUAGUGAUAUUUAAUAUCCUUGUUUUUGCAUGUGGAAUUGCUUUGAUUGUGAUUGGGAGUCUCUCUCAAGUUGCUAUUAAUAACUACUCUUCUGGGAUCGAUUCAAGCAUCAAAGGUCUCGUAAUCUUCGUGAUAGUACUCGGAUGCUUCCUAUUUUUGCUUGGAUUUCUCGGAUUUUGUGGGGCAUGUACCAAAAAUACUUGUUGUCUAAUCUUGUACGCAAUUCUUCUGUCAAUCAUGGUUGCGGCUGAAAUAGCGGCAGGAAUAACGGCUGCUGUGCUGAGAGACGAAGUAAAAUCUCAGUUCCUAUCUUUGGUUAAAAGCUCCGUCAAUGAAUAUAGCAAGAAUCCGGACUUUAAGGAUUUCUUAGACAAGAUACAACAAGAGUUUCAAUGUUGCGGCUCUGAAUCGUCAGGUGAUUACACAUCAUCUGGACAAACCGUCCCUGACUCAUGUAAAGAUACAAAAACUAAGGCUAUAUACUCAGAUGGUUGUUCAUACAAAGUAAUCUCCUUCUUUGAAAAGUAUAUUGUCGCCGUUUUAGUAGCGGCAUUUGUAUUCGCUAUCCUUCAAUUAUUGUGUAUUGUUUUCGCUAUCUGUGUUAUACGAGCUAUCAAAUCUGGCGAUUCUGACUGAGAUUAAAAUUAUUGAAGGUUUAAACACUAAAUUUGAUUUUCCAAAAGCCUUUAAAUUUAUAUAAUUAAAUCUCUUUUUCUUCAUAUUUUUAUUUUGUCAUUUAUUAAACAAAUAAUGGAAUCUUG